AUGCCUAGUGACACUGUGAUUAAUCCAAGAGAGCAUUAUAAUGCAAUCACUACUUGGAGUGGGAAGGUGAUUGAACCUCAUGAUAAGCCAACCAAGGUAGACAAGAAAGCACCAAUGGAGGAGAAAACAAAAGAGGAAGAGACAAAAGAGGAGAAUACUAGGAAAGAAAAGGCUCCUAAUUAUGAUGAUGUAACCUACAUUGGAGGAGCAAUCAAUCGUAAUAAGAGAACUGCAAAGAAACUUUCAUCAGGAUUCAGUCAACCAGAUCUUUAUGCAAAAGCUCCAUAUCCUCUUCGGCAAAAGCAAGAUAAAGAGAAGCAGCAAUACUCGAAGUUUAUGGAGAUGUUUAAAAAGCUGCAAAUUAACAUUUCAUUCUCUGAAGCUUUGGAGAACAUGUCUCUCUAUGCAAAAUUCAUGAAGGGUCUAUUGUCAAAUAGACAUAAGCUCAUAAAGAUGGAAACAUUAGCUUUAACUGAAGAGAGAAAAGCUUUAUGUGAUCUGGGAGCCAGUGUCAACUUGAUGCCUCUUUCUUUUGAACAAUCUUUGGGGAUUACGGAGAGGAAAUCUACCAUGAUGUCUCUCCAGUUUGUUGAUCGAUCCAUCAAGAUGCUAGAAGGAGUGCUAGAAGAUGUCCAUGUAAAGGUAAAUGAUUAUAUAUUUCCAGCUAAUUUUGUUGUGCUUAAUAUGGAGGAAGAUGACAAUAUGCCUCUUAUCUUGGGGCUACCAUUCUUAGCAACUGCUAGGACAUUGAUUGAUGUGGAGCAAGGACAAACGAUCUUUAGAGUUAAUGGUGGUGAAUUCAAGAUGAAUGUUUUUGAGGCCAUGAAGCAUCUUGAAGAUAAAGAAGACUGUUUUCAUAUCGAUGAAAUAGAAGAAGCAGUUUCACAAAAGAUCCUUGAAGAAGCAAAUCCGCCCACAAUUGAACAUCAGUUUGCACUCCUCAGAGCUACUGAAUGA